AUGCAAAUUACUCAUUCCAACAGGGAUCCCCACCACCACCGAGCAGCUUUCACCAUGGCUACGGCGAUGUUCGCACGAGUGACAUUUUAUCCAAGCCUUCUGUACAAUGUGGUGAUGGAAAGGAUUACCAGCAGAAGAUGGUACGACAGAAUGGAUGACACAGUCAUACUUGGGGCACUCCCCUUCCAAGGAAUGACCAAGCAGCUUAAAGAAGAAGAGAAUCUGAAAGGAGUUGUAUCUAUGAAUGAAGCAUAUGAACUCAAGCUAUUCUCAAAUGAUGCAGGAAAAUGGCGAGAGCAUGGCGUCGAAUUUCUGCAGUUAGCGACUACAGACAUAUUCGAAGCACCUGAUCAAGAGAAGUUAUUUGAGGGCAUUAAAUUUAUAAACCGGUUUCUGCCAGUCGGUGCGAAGCUGCAGGGCGUGCCUAUGGAUAACCAGCAAGUUAACAGUGGCUCUGUGUACGUGCACUGUAAGGCGGGCCGCACGCGCAGCGCUACGCUCGUCGGGUGCUACCUUAUGAUGAAAAACGGUUGGUCUCCGCAAGAGGCGGUGGAAUACAUGCGCGCGCGCCGACGGCACAUCCUACUGCACACCAAGCAGUGGGAGGCGCUAGCUAUAUUCCACGACACGCAUGUCAAGACGUAA